CCUACCGCGAGGAGGCGGAGCGAGUUCGGUUGCACCAACACCGGUACAUAGUCGCGGACCGGCGUGUCCUUGGACUUAAGGAGCGGGACGUCCGGCUUGGGAGCGCUAACCUUCGUGUCGCCCGCGACAAAAGCAAUUUAAAAAUGAGUGACAUUGAGAAGGGCAAGAAGAUUUUUGUUCAAAAGUGUGCCCAGUGCCAUACUGUGGAAAAGGGAGGCAAGCACAAAACUGGGCCAAAUCUCCAUGGUCUCUUUGGGCGAAAGACAGGUCAGGCCCCUGGAUUUUCUUACACAGAUGCCAACAAGAACAAAGGCAUCACCUGGAAAGAGGACACACUGAUGGAGUAUUUGGAGAAUCCCAAGAAGUACAUCCCUGGAACAAAAAUGAUCUUCGCUGGCAUUAAGAAGAAGUCAGAAAGGGCAGAGUUGAUAGCUUAUCUCAAGAAAGCUACUAAUGAGUAAUAGUUGGCACUGCCUUAUUUAUUAUAAAGGAAAAAUGUCUCAUGACUUUUUUGUGUGUACCAUAUUUAAAUUGAGUUCAUACACCAGAAUUCAGAUCAUGAAUGGCUGAUAGAAUUUUUUUUUGUUUGACAGUCCUGAUUUAAAUAAGAUUGACUUGUGGUUAAAUGAAUAAGAUGUGGUGUUUUGAAUUUUGAUAGCAGUUACGGUUCGUCAAGUACAGUGAUUGUUUCCCUUUCUAAGAUCUAAUUGUACUUAAUUAGUGACUUUUAACUGAGAUGGUGAAUGCCAUCUCCAAAUCUGUAGGAAACUGGUUUUAUAUUUAGAUUUUAUAUAACUGGUUAUAUUAAUAUAUUUAAAUACUGAGAAAUUCCCUUUGCUUCUCACAUACAGACCAAGACUCAUCUGUGUUUCAAGUUGUGUUAUUAGCCUAGUAAAGACAAGGGCAGAAGAUAAGCUGGCAGUGCCCAUUUUAUCUUUUUGGUCUUAAGAUGCCCAUUUGAUUAAAAUUUCCUGUACCUAAAAUGUUGCCUUUUAUUUAAUGAAAGGCAUUUUAGUUUAAUAACAUUAAAAAAAAAAGAAAAUGCUUCUCACAUAGGUAAUCUAUAAGUUCAAAUACUUUUAAAACUCAUGCUUGACAAGAGAUAGUAGACUUGUAGAAUUCUUUACUAAGAUACAGUUCAGGAUUGUCUCUUAAACAGCUAUUCAAAGGUAGAUACACUUACAGCACUACCAUAUAUGUGUGAUUGGUAAUGGUGCUUUUGCCAGCUCAUUAACAUAGAUGUACCAUCAGCACAAAUGUGUAAGUCAUGUGACCAUAAGGCUUAAGAUAAUUAAAACAAUCACAGAUCAUGAUUUUUUUAUGUGCUUGAUUUGAUGCCCAAUAACAUUUUAAUGGUUGAAAAGUACAAUAGUGUGUUAAUGCAGUACAAUAGUGUGUUAAUGUUGAACUGAAACAACACUUCAGCAAUUCAGCCUUAGUUUUUCUUUGACCAGAAUGAACACUUUGGCAUUUAUACCAAAUGUGGGUAGAAGAGUGUGCCUCUAGUCGUGGUUACCUGGCAGAUAACAAUGUAUAAUUUGUGUACUAAAUUAUUUCAUACACAGUCUGUGCCAUACAUGUUUGGAGUAGACCCUGGAAUUUUCAUGGAGAGCGUGGGCAUGAACUAAGCCACAAAGAAUGAUGAGAGAAAUUCUUACUGAAGGAAAUAAAUCUGUUGGUGAUGAGGGCACCUCUGUGGACAGUGAGAUUGGGAAGUUCCUCAUCAAUGCUUUCAAAGGUAAUGGAGAUGAUUAGAUAGGCCUUCAAGGCCUGACAAAGCCAUUAGUAACUUGUGAAUCUUAUUUUGAAUCAUUGGAGAUAAGGUGAGAGCAAAAAAGUCAGUCUGGAAGCUUGCAGAAAUAAUUUUGGGAAACAAAAGAGUCUGCUAUAAUUGAGGUUAAGUUCUAGUCUGAGUGUUAAUGGUGGAGAAUUAAAAAAAAUCUAUCCUGAAACCCUUCAGAGAUUACGCCCAAGUUAAUACUAUUUAGAAAUGGUGCAGCAAUUAGCUUAUAAGCAAUAAUUCUGGACCUAUAUGGAAAGAUAUGGAGUCCAGGGAGUUGAUUUUUUGUGUGUGUGCCUAUGUUGGUCUAAAUAAUCAUCACGUACUUGCUGUAUUCUAGCCCAGAUAUACUCAAUAAGUGGCGUCGGUGAUUUAUAAUAUAAGUAACCCUAUAGGUAAUUCAAAAGAGGGGACAUGCCUAGGUGUAUGUGAUAUAUGUUUUCAGAAAUAAACGAGGGGAAAAAGCUAGCAAGCACUAUAAUCCACAUAUCUUCAUUUCUAGUGCUUUGUGGUAGGUGACUUAUUGAGUGUUAACAAAAGCAAGAGUAAAGUAUAUUUAAGGAGUGUUUCUUCCCAAUGCUGCCUACAUUCAAAUUUUUCUAGAACAGCACUGUCCAGUAACAAUUUUCUAUGAUGAUGCAUGUCUUCUAGACUGUGCUGUCCGAUACGUUAGCCACUAACUGCAUGUGACUUUUGAACCCUUAACAUAGGCCUAGUAUGACUCAUAGCUGCAGUAUAAAUUUUAUUUUACUUGUAAUUUACAUGGCCUAAUGGUUAUUAUAUGGAGAGCACAGAUCUAGAACCAGAAUCUGUAACAAUAUGUUUCCCUCACUCUUAAUCUAGGAUUCUAACAAAUACACUAAAGUGCCCUUGAGAAUAUGGAUUCCAAUUCAUGUUUCUAAAUCUGAUGUGCUCACCUCUAUAACUUCACCUCUUCCAUUCAUAAGUUGACGCAGUGUAUUUUACAUAGGUGGUAUUGUGGUAGUAGGUAGAAAUGUAUCUUGUCCUUUCCCAUCAUUUUCCUCUAGCCUCCCUAUAGAUGUUCAUUCUCACUUUAGUCACUGAAGAUUAUAAAUUGAAAAGGUUGUGAUGAUGGAGGCUUUACCAGAGGCUGGUCUUCCCCGGUUAUCUAGACUCAGGUUGUUUGAUAGAAGUCUAGCUCUCAUGAGAGAGUAAACCAAAACUAAGUUUCUUAAAUUGAUGGGCUCUUAACUCUCCUUCAUUGGAUCAGAGUACUUGAAAGCCCAGUGUGAUGCUCAGCAUAGAAUGAGUAGCAUAGUUCUAUUCAUUAGAAAUGUGACUACGUUCCACACAGGGAUCACUAAUUAUGAGUCCAAAGCUUGAACAGUGUACUUCAAAAAAGGAACAUUGAACUACUUAAUAGUAUUACCUGUGUUGUUAGGAGGGGGGAUGUAGUGUUUAGGAUUAGAAAAAGUGGAGUAGGGGGUCAAUAAACAACAGCCGAUGAGCUCGACCUGGUUUAGACACCUGGUUCUGUAAAUACAGCUUUAUUGGGACACAGCCACAUGCAUUCAUUUAUGGUAUGUCUUAGACUGCUGUGCUUGCUAUAAUAUCAAAGUAGAGUAGUAACAGACAGGAACAUCCACAAAGUUUAAAGUACUGACUGAGACCUUACAGGAGACAUUUCUUGACCUCUGAUGUAGAGCUUGCACAACCUAGUUUUUGCCAUCUGGAGAACAGGGAUAAUUACCUCAGGAGGUUGCUGUUGAUUAUUCAUUAAGUGACAUCUGUGAAAGCUCUUGGCUGUGGUAAGCCCUGGAAUAUUUGUUUUCUUCAUUUUAAUAUCCACAUCAAAUUUCUUCAAAGUCGGUAAAAAAUUACUGCUUCCAAGGUUAGCCAUUAACCUAAUUGUCAGGUCUGUUCUAGUCUCAGUUGACUCAUUAUCUCCAAGACAUUUGACACCCUAGGCUGUUCUCAUUUUUUACCUCCCUUGGGAGAACUUAGUUUCACAUUCAGAAUAAAAACCAUAGGCAUCAUAAAAUCUUUAUGCAUAUGUAGUUAUAAUCAUUUAUUGGUAACCCAGACACUUGAGCAUGACAUUUAUUGGUAACCCAAACACUUAAGCAUAACCCAAUCUAGUCCCAUAUCAAAUAGUUAUUAGUUGCAUUCACAUCUCAAUUCAUCCUCAUGACCUUGGAUGUAUGGAACAGGUAUUGUCCCUGUUUUAUAGCUAAGUAAACAGACUCAGAGAGCUACAUUGCCUUGGUGGUAGUAUUGCAUGUCCUGACACUGCUUUUCCAUGGUGCCUGCUAACACUCCAUAUAAACUAGUCUUCAGAACUGCACAAUUCUUACCUUAACUAAAGACAAAACUUUUCCCUUGCCUCUUCAGCCUUCAUAAGUGGGGCUUGCUUGUUCUUCCACAAUAGAGAACCUUGUGUUCUUGGCUUCGUCCAGAUCAUUACUCGUACAAACAGACUUAAUUCUGAGAUGCCAGAUAGCUUCAUGGACCCUUUGCUGUUGUCCACUUGUGCAUCUUCGUCACAUUAACCAAGAAGUUAAGCACCUAGCUUAUAUACUUCUUUAUUUCAACUCUGAUUUGUUUUUCCAAUUACACCAGUAAUAGCUACAUGUGAGUACAUUACCCACCCUUAAUAUGCCACUUGUUCUCAACACUUUUUUUACUUGAUUUUUGCUCCUCAGCUCUUUCCAUGGUUCCAGUUUAGACUUGUCAUUUCUCCUGAACUACUCCACCUCUGAAAUUAGACAUCUUAGAAGAAAACAUUGGCAGUACAUUUCAUAGUGAUAAGCUCGGCUCCUAUAGCAAGGAAAAUAGAACAAAAAAUAUACGAUUGGGAUUACCUCAAAUUUAACUUGUACACAAAGGAGAAUAGAUUUAAAAGAUAUCCUGCUAAAUGAGAAAAUUUACACAUUACACAACCACCAAGGGAAUAAUACCUAAAACAUAAAAAAUAGUUACAAUUUAACAAAAAAAUAGGCAGCAGAUCAACAGAAUUCACCAGAGAUAUCCAGAAGGCCAAUAGAUACAUGGGAAAAUGUUCAUCACUUUUAAUAGGGGGAUGAAGGUCAAAACCACAGUGAGACACUAUCUCACACCGGUGAGAAUAGCAUGUAUUAAAAUGACCCCCGAAACAAAUGUUAAGGAGGAUGCAGAGAAAAAGGAGCCUUGUAACACUGUUGGUGGGAAUGAGAACUAGUAACAGCCAUUUUGGAAAACAAUCUGGAUUUACCCUAAAAAUAUAAACGUGGAAAUACCAUAUGACCCAGCAAUUCCAUUCUAUCCAUAGUACGAAAUCAAAUCAAAAAAAUAGAUGUUCUACAAUGUUCCUAGCAGCAUUAUUUACAAUAACUAGGACUUGGAAACAACCUAGGUGUCCACUGAUAGAGGAUUAUAUCAAUGUGAUAUAGCCACACAAUGAAAUAUUUAGCCAUGAGGUAAGAUGUUGACAUAAAUAGCAAAAUGUAAGGAGUUCAGUGGGAUUAUGUGUAGUAAAGCAAAGGUAUCUAGAUUCAACUGAACUAUCCAUGCUCUCCCAGUUUUCCUUGUGGUUAAUUUAGAAGUACAUCAUGCUCUUCAAGCGCCUUUUCUCACCCCUGUCCCCAUUCUCACAGCAGAUGACCUUGCCUCCCAUUUCAGAUAUGAAUUCUCUACUUCUUGACUACAAGGAAGGUUUUUGUAUCCCAUCCCCCACCUUCAACAAUAUUGUUCUUAAUUCAGAUAUGGUUCAGAAUAUUCAUGAUAUCAGAAAGUUCCAGCAUGAUCACUCUACCAUCAUUCCCAUCCCCCUUGUGCUCUGCCUUCCUCGCAUAGAUUUGGAAGGACUAAAUGUUUUCAUUUCGAUGUGGGAACUUCACAUUAGGAGCCACACUCCAACAGAACAAAUAGACUAAAUUCUGGAAAAUACAGCUUUUAUUAUUCAUUGGAAGUUUUAAUGAAAUUGUAGCUUUCCUACUUGCAUAAAGCAGAGGUAAUAUAUCAAGACCAAGAAAAGACAAAUCUCUGUGGUUUUGGGUAAAAAAGCUGUAGAUUUCCAAAUCACCUGUCCUGAAUUGGGGCAUAUGAUAUUGGCAAGUAAGGCAAAAACUUUAUACUUUUUUGUAGUAAAUGUUGAAGAAAGACAGCCUAUGGGUCUGAGCCCCCUGCUGACUCCGCUUGGUGGAAUCAGGCACACUAAGCCUUUGGUGCCUAAAGCUUCCUCAUCUGUAAACAGACAGUGAUUAUAUUAACACUUAGGGUUAUUGUGAGGAUUAAA